CAGUGUGUUGUUUCACUCCCAACUCUGGUUGGCUUUUGGUCACUGUGCAAAGCGUGCAACUUUGUCCAUGCGGCGGUUCUGGAAAUGCUUUGUUUUGCCAUUGGAGCUCUUCACGUUGUUUCUGUCUAAUCAUGAGAAUGGGGAAAGGAGCUGAAGAUCUUCAUGGGCCUCGUUAAGAGUUUCACGUGCUUUCCUCUCCUUCAUUCCUUCUUUCCAUGUCAGAGAUGGGCUCUGUUCUCUUCUCAAAGCUGUGCUCCUUGUCUGUUGGCAUCAAAGAACCAGUACAUGGUGGAAGUCACAGCUCCCAAGGCAAGGUGCUGUGUUGGGUGGGGUGGAGAUUUGUUCUCUCUUGCUGGGAAGAGGGUGAUGUGCAGGCAAUGCCUAGGCUGCCUGUGGUUGAGAAUGAAGGCUGUUAAAAGGUGAGGGGGAAAUUGUUCUGUCUAUAACAUAGAUGGAGUUUUCUGCAGAGGGCAGUGAUUAAUGUUGGCCAGAGAUGUCUCAGCCCUAUUUUUCCUUUUUCUGCUCGAGGCUGUUAAGUGCUUUUUGGUGUCAUUUUUUCCCAAAGCAGCUCCAUGGGUGUGUCUGGAAGUGUCAUUGUUGGGCUUCAAGAGCCCCUAAAAUUCCCCAGCCAGAUUUAUUUCUGCACAGCUGUGGAGGGGCUCAGCGUAAGGACUCAGACUUGUUCUGAGUGCCCGCCCACCCUCAGAAAAGGCUUUGGGAGACGAUUCAGCUGCACGUGGCUGUGACUCUUUGCUCCCCGGCUGGGGCUGUAGGUUACUUCUGUGGGAGAGGGUACGUGUGGGGUCGGUGGUUUGCUUGGUGCUGGAGGUGCUCACCAGGCUUUGGAGCUCCAGGUCUCAUGCUGCCAGGUAAGUAGGGGGCCUGAGUGCUGCCUGUAGCCCCCUUCUUGCUGCAAAGCAGUGGGCAGAGGCCUCAGCUGGACUUGCAGACAUGAGCACCAGCUUCCACAGCAGUGUUUGUCUAAUGUUUUAAUCUACCAAUAAUUAUGUGCUUAUUUUCCCAUGGUUGAGCUUUGUUCAGAUUUUAUUUUACUCUCGUGUCAUUUUGUUUUUAUUUAUAUAUAUAUAUAUUAUAUACAUACAUAUUCACAUCCUUUUACACAAGAAUAAGAAAAAGGCUGGACCAAGUAGAUCUACCAACCAGUGCCUGGCUGUGAAAAUCACUGCUGUUCUAUCUCCAGCUUUCAGGACUGGGUUGGAUAUGAAACUCAUUGAUACCAUCUGGCCCAGAUUAUUUUUUAUUUCGUAGUUUAAUCUAUCUUCUUCCUCGAGUUUUGGUGGUAGCUUUGUUGAGCUGAUUUUGAAAGAUGUCACAGCAAGUCAUCACAUCAACAGGAAGAUAAAUAACUCUGGCUGUAUCCAGCACUGUGUGCUCACAAAUGUGUCUAUGGGAGGUGGGGUUGGGAGAGUGUGUGUCACUGAACACAAUUAUGUUAUCACCAGGAAUGACAGAUUAAAAGAAAAUAGCACUUGGGUUGGUUUUGGAGGGACUACAUGCGAUGGAGGUGAGAUGAGGAUAUUGGGGAACAGCUACUGGACGUGUUGGUGUCUGCUGUUAUAUCUGUCCCUGAUUAAUACCUGCCAGCAGCAUGGAUAUGUGGUUAUCACACACAUGAGUGUGGCUCGUGUGGAUACUGGGGGGUGAUUUUUGGAGGCAGCAGUUCCUGUUGGGCUGUCCCAGGCAAAACCCAAUGGCAAAACUGAGCAUUUGAGGGCCUGCAAAGGGCACUGUGGGGCUGUGUCUAGCCAGGCGCGGAACAAACAUACCCAGCACUGGUGCAAUGCCCCUGGGAUGGGGAAAAAGUAAGAGCACGUCCUCUCUGUUUUGGCGAGGAAAGAAGGAGCCAAAGCAGGAUGCUGUCAGGGCUGGGACCUCUGUGCCCUGCGAUUCAUGCUGGUUUCUCUCUUAAACACUUCCUUACACCUCUAAACAGCUUCAAAAUCCAGGCCAGCUCCCUACAGGCUGGCCGCUCUGGAUUUAUUACCCUGGCUUAGUUGAUCCUGUUCUCACUGACAAUGCAGAUGUUUGGACAAAUGAUGGGAUUUGAUGAACUUUGCACAUCUGGGUUGUGCAUGUGGCAGUGGUGCCAGAUUGGCUCUCGAGGGGAGGAGAGGGGCUUCAACACCAGCUUGUCCUCAUGUGUCUUAAAGAAUCCCAAGUAUCUGACAGGCACCACAUGUGGGAGUCACUGGAGGAGGUCAGAUGAAGGAAGAGGAAGGAUUGUGAGCCUUGCCAAAAUGUCUCAGGCAUUUUAUUGCUGAGAUGAGGCAGCUUGGGGACAACGGCAGUGCGGCAUCACCAGGUUUUAUCCGGUGUCCAGGUGCCUGGCAAGGGUGACCUGAGGCUGUUGGCUCUCUGGCUUUGUUUCCCAGUGCCUCUGCCUCCUGUUGCAGAGAAAAGAUCCCGUGCUCCGUAGCCCAUGAGGUGCUCUCCUGCUUAAUGGCUAGGGACUGUCCCAGCAGCAUCAGCUUCUGAGCUGUUGCAGAGUUAAGCCUGGUGCAGCUGAACAGCUGUGGACUCAGCAAGUGAAAAGGGCCUUUUUCUCUCUUUAUGCAAAAAGAAAGAUGCUUGCUGAGCUCAAAUUGCAGGUUAAGAGCUCAGCAGGGCUGAGUGGAGUGUCCUGCGGGGCUCACCGUGACAGUCAUUGUGGAAAUGUACAGAUCUUUAUAGUAUUGACUUAUUUUGAAUCAUGAUGUUGAAAUAGCUAAAUCACACACUCUGAAGCUGACAAAUGUCAGUGUUCAUGGUUUCUUUUCUCUGAGCCCACAUUGCUGCACAGGGUCAGAUCCAACAGCCCAAAUGCCUCAGGGCCAGUGCAGUGUGGGGCAGCUCUGGCUUCCUGUGUGCUCCCCUGGCACCCGCCUCUCUGUAGUCCAGAUGUUUGCUGAGCCAGAGAUGACAUCUCUGCAUUGGAUGGGGCAAUCACCAUCCUUAGCAGGGAUCAUUUAUAAUAAAAUGUGCAAGGGCUCUGUGACACCAUUAACGUGGAUGUGUUUCAUUUCAGUUUCACCCUUUAGGAUUUGGACAUUAUUUCUUUCCAGAAUGGCUGUAUUUGAGUGAGGGCUGAGCUAAAGCCUCUCUCUGCAAAGUGAAAAUCCUCCUUCCUGGAGGACAUGCUUCAUCCCUCGGUCUCUCCUCUUGCAGUCUUCUGAUGGAUGGACCCCGGGCUGGAUGGUGGAAAAGGGAGCAAGCAAAAACAGCUUGAGAAAGGAAACCUACUGCUUCUCUCUAGAUAAGUGGGAAGGCUGAAAGACAAUAGCAAUGACUACUGACAUGAUCUGAAUACACUGUUUUUGCAUCAUGUAAAUCAGAGAUUUAUCAGUGUUUUGCAGGCUGGUAAAUAUAUCAGUAUUCAUUUUAGCCCGAAAAAAAAGACAACAUUUGGUCUCGGGAGAAAUGCUGGGAUAUAUCCCAUGUGGUUUUUACUGGAAAAUGCUCUGCAUUCCGAAGAAAGGUCCUGCAGUAGAGAAUCAUCCAUACCCAGCAGCCCUGAAUGUCCUAUUGUGCAGUAAGCUCAUGAAAGGAGAUUUGUUUUGCUGUGUCUACUUACUGAGCCUCCAGUGCACCCAGAAUGUUAAAGCCACCGGUUGUCUGUCUAGACCUACCCCUCUUAUAUCAAUUAAUCAUUGAAGAGAAGUUGUUAUGCAUUUUAUGGCCUUUCAAACUUGCUCUGUGCUGUGCUUGCAUCCUAAAUUCUUGCUCUUUCCUCUUCCUCCUUCCCCUGCACUUUGCUAGAUGGUUUUCCCUCGCCUCAAUCACGGAUUUCUGGCUAACGAUCAGCUGGUCUUUAGCCGCCGGGUGCUCAAGGUAGACGUAUCAAAUCUGCUGCCUCUGGUUUGCUGUGUUUGUUUGAGCUGCUUUUGUUCCCCCGUUCUGGCCGAUGGCGCACUGGUGCUGUUUGGAAUUGUCACUGCCAUGGGGCACUUAGAGGUGCCUGCAGGGAGCAGCCAGGAUGAGCCCUGUUAGAAUUCAGGGGGAGUUUUGACGAAGCAAGGAAACAUAAAAGUGAUGGUGUUUCGGCAUUUGGUCCUUCAUGGGAAGCGGAGAUCAUGCAGCAAGUCCUAUAAACGUUCGUAGGGUGUAUGGACAGUGCUGGUAUCAAAGUAGAAUGCACUAAAAUGCAAUUGUCUAAAUCCCCAUGCUCUAAAUGUGACUUUUUAAUUAGGCAAAAUUCAGUGGGAGACUCUUGUCGUAAUUUGAUGCAGCGUUCAGGAUUAGCAGAUAGGAUCUUUAAAAAUCAUGCGAGUGAUUUAGGAGCGCAGAUCUCGUUGAAAGGCAGCGGGGUUUGUGCUGCUGAGUCUCUUAAGGACUUCUGAAAAUCCCACACUUGCCCGUGAUUUGAGGGUGGACCACAUUAAAUACAGUCCUGUUAGUGCCUCGCUGGUAACCCAUCCAGAUGUUGCUAAAAGAUUUAUGGCACAGCCUUUCCAUGAGGAUUUCCAUUGUGUAGCCACAUGUUGGAACCGCGGUGGCCGGCGGCGGGUUGCAGUGCUCCCCUCGCACAGCAUGUACUGAACCUUUGCAAUCACAAGGAGAGGCAGUGGCUGCUUUCUUCCCUUGCAUCCCAGUAGGAUGUCAGCUGAGCUGGAUGUUAAUAUAGGACUUUGGCUGUAUUUAAAGUCUACUAUUAAGAACUGCUUUGGGGGGAAUUUUUUUUGGUGUGGUCUGCUAAGGUCUGGACUUGUGUGCAUGCUCCACGCCAGCAUGUUGUUGGGUUUCAUUUGUUUCUGGGUAUGUUGAAUUGGUGGAUUCUAUGUAGAUGGUCACUGGGGAAAGGCUUAAUGAGAUGAAAUCAAGUGUUGGAAGGCAUUGAGCAAAAUCCCAUUUGAGGAACUAGACUCAAAGGUCUUGGAGCAGCUCUGAGCUUGCUCCAAGCCUUCCCAAUUGGCUGCUGCAAUUAACCCCCCCGGGAUCAUAGAAUCAUAGAAUCGCUCAGGUUGGAAAAGACUUCAAAGAUCAUAGAGUCCAACCACAACCCAACCAUACUACCCUCAUUCUAACAUGGUAGAGAUCAAGUUGCCCAUGGCCUGGGGAUGCAAUGCAUGUGUUGUGGGCAACCUCUGGUCAAUACCAAGCUGCUGUGCUUGCCCACGCUGCUUCAUCUCACCAUGUCUGUGUGAACUUCUUCCAGGGCGAUCAAGGUCGAGAUGGAGCCACUGGCCCCCCUGGUCCGCCAGGACCCCCAGGUGCCCGGGGGCCUCCUGGUGACACAGGAAAGGAUGGCCCAAGAGGACCUCAAGGCCCCCCUGGUCUUAAAGGCGAGCCAGGGGACGACGGCCUUGUGGGUGCCAGGGGACCCCUGGGGCCAAAGGGCGAGCCCGGCAUGCAAGGAAAGAAGGGUGAUGAUGGCAUCCCAGGGGAACCAGGACUUCCAGGCUUUAAGGGAGAAAAGGGAAGCACAGGUCUGAAGGGAGAGAAUGGCACGGACGGCGCGCCAGGACCCAAGGGUGAACCUGGUGAGAAGGGAGGAGUCGGCUCCAUCGGACCCCGGGGUCCCCCUGGCCUGAAAGGGGAACAGGGUGACACGGUGGUGAUCGACUACGACGGCCGCAUCCUGGAUGCACUCAAGGCUGCAGGGAUACACAAAGUGGUGGGCUCACCAGGUCCGCCAGGGCCACCGGGCCCACAGGGCGCUCCAGGCCCCAAGGGGGAGCUGGGCCUACCAGGUCCACCUGGACUGGAUGGAGAAAAGGGUCCCAAAGGAGCUAAGGGUGACCAAGGCAGUGCAGGAAUCACAGGACCGAAAGGAGAGACAGGAGAAAUGGGCUUAUCAGGUCCACCGGGAGCAGAUGGGCCAAAAGGAGACAAAGGAGACACUGGAUCACCGUGUUUGCAGAACAACCACAUCAUCCCAGAGCCAGGACCGCCCGGAUUGCCCGGCCCCAUGGGUCCUCCAGGAAUCCAGGGGCCUAAAGGCUUGGAUGGUGCAAAGGGAGAAAAAGGUGACAGCGGUGAGAAGGGGGAGCACGGCGACGCGGGCCCAGCUGGUCUCCCUGGUGCUCCAGGGCUCAUUGGAUUACCUGGUACCAAAGGAGAAAAGGGAAAGCCAGGAGAGCCGGGAUUAGAUGGUUUCCCAGGUCUCAGAGGAGAAAAGGGAGAGAAGAGUGAAAGAGGGGAGAAGGGCGAGCGAGGGAUACCAGGGAGAAAAGGAGCCAAAGGGCAGAAGGGGGAACCUGGCCCUCCCGGACUGGACCAACCCUGCCCUGUGGGAGAUCGUAGUAUUACAGGCAGCAAUGGGGAUCCAGGUCUGCCAGGCCUGGAUGGGGUGAGCGUGCCCUGCCCGCUGGGACCAGACGGACUGCCAGUAGCAGGAUGUUGGCACAAGUGAUCUCUAAGCAUGAAGCACAGUGUGUAAAUAAUGUGAUAUAUUUUGAUCUUUUUGAUUUUUGUAUAAAAAAAGGAAGAAAACAACCCUUCAACAGUAAUAUAUUGACCUUUUUUUAUACUGGAUUCUGUCAUUUACGGACUUUGAAUAUACUGUAAAGCUCUCAAACCCAUAAGAUACGCAUGAUAACAUCAAGAUUUGAUAAAGGUACCAAUGACACUUGCUGGGAAUGACCAGAACUCACUGCUAAUGCUGCUGUGUGAACUAACAGCACUGAGACAGCGCGUUGCCCUGUGUGCCUUACCAGCUCCCUGUCCUAACCUGGCUCUCAACUCUAUUUGCAUUGCACGUGUGUACUCAAAGAGUGAAAAAAACUGGCAGAAAAAAAAGAAAAAGAGGAUGCAGCCCUAAGGAUGGAAGAAGCUGCUGUAUGCCAUCUGGUCAAACAAAAGGACUUCAAACCUGCAGAGGAAACAAAGCCAAGCUCCCUUUGUUCCUACCUGCUGUCGUUGUGAUGGAAAUAGCAAAUCUUUGGAAAACUGUAACCUGGACUGCCUGUGGAUGUUUUGGCUACUAUCAGAUAACCUUUGAUCUCGAGAGGAAGCACCUCUGGGUCCUGUUCUGUGGUCUGCAGCUGAAGACGUGCCAGCUCUUUGUUAAAGCAGAACUCAAAUUCUUUAAGAAACCUCUACUGCAAAAUUUCAAAACAAAAACACGGCAAUGCUUUCAGAACAGACAGUUGUGGGGCAGGGAGGGACUCUGCUGAAGUCUUCCAUUAAGCAACAGAGUGCAUACUGUUGCUGUUGGGGUUCCAAAACUUGGAGUUCGGAGUAUUUGUCUUGGUCUGUAGGAUUCACUUGCAUUUGAUUUCCUUGUGUUUAUGUGGUUUGAUUGUGAUCUGUGUAGCUCUGCACGCUCCUCUUGUCCUCCUCUUUCAGUGCUUUUUUUGGUCUCUUUCUUUAACUUAUCUCAGGCACAUUCAUGCAGAGUAAGGUAAGAAUCAAAGGCUGAUUAGGGUUUCUAUUACAUAUUGCAUUAAUAAGAGAAAUUUAAAAAGAAAAGAAUUGCAAACAUCUUAUGAGUAACAAUUCCUAAGAUCUUGGAAAAACAGGGAUUGUGCAGUAAAAAGCUAUGAAAAAUUAUUUUGCAGGAAAGCCGAGUCUGUUCAGCUUACAGUGAAGAUCAAGAGGCAAUCAGAUUCCUUUACAAGGAGGAGAUACUUUAUAGCAAUAAGUUCUUGAACUGAACAGAGAAAGAUGUUCAAAGAUGCAUCCAAUGGCUGAAGUGGAAGCUACGUAAAAUCACAUAAAACAAGCCAUGGCUUUUUAUUGGUGAGCCUGGCUAAUCCUAACCAGAGUGGUGAUGGAAUGAAUCCCCGUGGCUUUAACGCCUUUCUGAUUUCACAGAUGGUUUCUGGAGGAAAUACCUUAGCCCAAUAGAAGUUGCUAGGCUCUGUGUAGGAGGCUGAAGUGAAAUUAAGAGCCUGAUUUUUGUGCUGACAAGCCAGUCAAUACAAGGAGUCAUUUUUGGUGCACUGAGUAGAUUUGAACCUGUGAGGAGGUUCCUUUGCAUCUCAGGGCAGCUGGUGCUGCAGGACUGGUGGGAGGACAUGCGACUGAUGGCUCCAGGGGGAACGUGCCCUGCACAGCUCCAUCCUAGUGCAAGUAGUGCCAGCCCUGGUGUUGUGAAUAGCAGCAGCAAUGUGCUCGGUGCUCUGCACAGACAGGGUGAGGUUUCUGAUGUCUGGUGACUGUGUCCUAGUUGUUCUUGAGCUUAUCCUUUCAGUCAGCUGGGAGCAUUUGUCAUCUGCUGUUAAACGCUGAAUUGGACGUUGGCUUGGUCAGUGUGGACACAGAAGAUUUACAGACAUAGGCAGUAAUCUUCUGUUAUCUAGCUUUGUUCACUGCCUAGGGCCUGCACCUACACACUGCUUGCUUUGUGGCUGUAUUUCACAUCUUUACCAAUUAGUUACUGACCGCAUUUUUGGUCACUGUACAAAUUAAAUCAGAUCAACUAACAAAUCAAGAAACAAGAAUUAUGUAACUCAAACAGCAAUGAAAAUGCAUUUUAUUUACUUCCAUUUUAUGACGUUAGCUAUCACUUUUGGUGUGAGGGUUUUUAAAGGCGAAAGGAGCUGCUGAAAGAGCUCCCACUGGCUUUUAAUGCUUUUGAAAAACCCCUUUGCUGUCCCACAUUAAAGCUAAUUCUUCUGUGGAAGGUCGAAGGCAAAUCUCUCAUUGAUGUCACUGGGAAGAUCUGUAAUUGUUCCCUUAAUGUACAGUUGCUUUUCCCAUCUCCCCCAGUCAUCUCCAAACUAAAGCUGUUCACUACUCCAAACCACACUGUGGGCUUCUACUCUCGGUAUCCUGUAGAUGUCCUGUUCAUGGAACCUCUAUCGAUAUCAAUGAGAGUUCAGUCCCCAGAAUGACUGCAGAAAGCACAAGAAUCUGGAAGUGUCCACAAACAAUCUACAAUGCAGAUAGAAAAGUCUUGUUUUACAUAUGCUGGCAAAAACUAAACAGCUUUCUAUCUAGCUCCUACUCAAAGAAGUUUGAUAUCACUGAAGCUACAAGACAAGCUAACCUCCAAAGCUUAUGAAAUUAUAUUAAAAUUUAUAUUUUCUCUGAGGAAAUACCCCCGAAGUCCUAUUAUCUUCAGGUAAACAAGUCAGUAUUCCGUCUUCAACUUGUGGAAUAUCCAGUGCUUGUAGGCAUCAACUGUGACCACUGCCAGGCCUGCAAAACAUUGAUACAGAAUACCAGAACAGUGCUUUACCUAUUGCUCUCACCGCUGUGCAUGGUCGCCUUCCCCCUCCCAACACAGAGCCUGGUGCCAUAGAACCCACGCCAUUUGCUCUCAGCAGAGCAGGAGAGUUAUUUUUAAAGCCUCUGAACUUCUUCACUGGGGUUUUUCCUCCCCAUCCCCUCGUAAUGUUCCCGUGCCAGCCCAGGAGGAAGACUGGAAGCAGCAUCCUAGCAUGGGGCUGUGACUGAUCCAUACCCAUCAGUGCUGCCACCUCGGCUGACAGACACUGCAGAAGUAAUGUUUGAAAAUCCCCAGGUUAAGGCCCUCUGCUGGGUUUAUGCUGCACACUGAAUAUGGUGCAUCCUGCACUUACAAAGCAGGUCCACCUAUGCACAAGCAGCAAGUCUGGUGUGCUCAGCAUGCAUCAGAUAAACUGUGUGUGUCUACACCAGCAGCCUGUGCAAAGCAGCUUCUCUGGUCUGCUAUUGCUUGCAUUUCCACGGGAAGUGCUGGCAGGGACAAGUCCUGAAGUGUGUGGCACCUAUCCUCACCAGCUUUGAGGAACUAACCAGUAGGGGUUAGUUACCAGUCUGCUGGUCCCAGGCAGUCCCGACCAUCACCAAAGCAGCUGAAACCUGGGGCAAGCAGAGCUUCAGGGCACAGGGCAUGGUACAGAUCUCCAGGCACAAAUAGUGCCAGGGACUGCAGUUGUAACCUGUAUUCCUCGUCCUUCCUGGUCCUCCACGGGGACUGCUGUGCUUAGCCUGUGCAUUCUGAGCUCAGUGUUUCUGAUCCAUCAUGCAGCACAAACUGAAGAACCAUAUUUUAGAGUAACUGUUCACUUUGCACUGACUGCACAGUCUAAGAGGAAAUUUAGUAGAGGUAUUUAGAUCCGCGUGCUUCCCAUGCACACAUAUUUAGGGGAGAUUGUUAAACGAAAAGUUGUUUCAGAGCAGUCAUAAUCUUAUUGGGAAGAGUUAAAAAAGGAUGUGCUUUGCUCAGCAGAUUCACGCCAGAUCAGUUGAUUAUUUUCUCUUUCCAUAUGAAAAUGUUUACGUAGGUCUUUUUAGAACACGGAAUAUGCAAACAGCUCACAAAGAUGAAUUUUACUUUUGGGCAGUGUUGGUGGUCUCAGUCCAAACUCAGGAAUGAGUUCAGCCACUCACAGAGCACAGUGCAUUUCUCCCCCAGGAAUUCUCCCUUUUUUCUGGCUUGGGAGAAGGUAAGCAAUUUUUACAGGAAAUCCAAAAUGCAGCUAAGUGAUGCCACUAGAUGUCAGUAGCAAUAAAGAUGACUGACGCGAUGAAAUGUAGGUCACUGUGACUGAGCAAUUGAUUUAUCUCAGUACAGUGGUUGGUGUGUGAGCUUUGUGGAUUUGUCAGUGGAUUAAUAUUUGGGUUAAAACACUUCAGUUCUUUGUCUUGGGUGAAUUUAAGCCAAGCCAAACUCAUGUUUAUCCCAGUUUUCUAGUUUACAGAACAACAUUCAGUGGUCCGAUGUAACUGACUUUAGAAGUGUGGUGAUUCCCAUUAGGCCCAAAUAAUGCUGUCUGCCUGCUCCCAGGAACAGGACAAGCAGCUGUGAGGUCUGUCUGUGCUCCAGGAACGGUGUUGCUGUGAGUGUGGCCAAGUGCCCAGAGCUCAGCUGUGUCUGUGUUUUGGCUUCCAAAAAAUGCCCCUGUUUGUAGGUCCGGUCUGGUGCCAGGAGUGUGCUGGCAGCUCCAAAAGGGCCCUUGCCAUGGGGUGAGCCUGAGUGGAGGGGCAGGUGGGGUUAAUUGGAGUUCUGCAGCUGGCCUAAUUGCAGGCUGGGCUGGUUAAUUCACCGGUAUUUCUCUGCGCUGUGAAACAGGUGGUAGACAAAAUCCAGUCUGACUCCACACUGAAACUGUUUCUAAAACCCAAUGCACUGGGAUUUUAGCUUAAGGGAAAAAACAAAGCCAUAUACUUGGUUUUAUUUUCACGGGGAAGACUUGUCGUAUACUCUGCUUCUAAUUCUUGCUGUAUAUAUAAUGGCAGUGAAUUUCUUUUCAUACAGAUUUUUCUCCUGUGUAUUUUAAAAUAGGAAUGUUUCUUAUAACAGACUUCCUAAUGUGUUUUCUUUUUUAGAAAACCUAAAGUACUAACUGAGUUUUUGUUAUUUUUUUUAAUCUUCUGUCAUUUCAUACAUUCUGCAUUUGAAAUUAGCAAAUCAGCAAAAUGUACAUGAGGUUUCAGUGGCUCAAAGCAGCCUAUGCAAUGAUAAAAUGUAUUCCAGGGACAAUGACCCAGGAUGCCAGGCAGGCGUUUCUGAUGGUUUUAGUUGCCCAGUGCCCAGGAAGCAUGUUUGUUUAUGACUUCAUGCAGGACAGCCUGUCUGCUGGUCUGGGGGCCAGAAUGAAAGAAUUCAGCCAGCUGUAACUCCUAGUUUAACUACAAUGCUAAAAUGACAGAAAAAUCUCAGAUUUACUGUAAUGGUAAAUAGCCAUCCUUGCUCUCAAUAUCCAUGUCCUGUAAAUUCACCAUAAAGGCAUGGUAGAGCAUGGCUUUCCUGGGCAUUGAAUGCUGAUUUCAUGCUGCCCUCUAAAGGCCAUCUUUUUUGAACAGAAACAAAUUCGGUGCUAUGAUGGGAAACCAUCCCUACCCCAAAAAUAACAGCACUGCUCCAUAACUGACUGCAUACAUAGGCACAGGUGCACCUUUGCCAGCUGAGGUUCGAAUCACUGCAAAACAGGAGUGCUUACACAGAAACUUUCAUCUGUUUCCCAAUUCUUGUAUUUCCCCUUGGGAAACACAAUCAUUUUCUUUUUAAUCCAAUUGCUGCCCAGAUAAUUAAUUUGAAGUGUUAUGCAAAUAAAAGGAGGUUGCCAGCCAAGUUUCCAUUCUAAUCUUUUAGACAGAAAGCUCUGAAUUACUUUCCUUAUAGACAAUAGAUUUUUAUGAAUAUAUGCAAAAAUAUUAGCAACAAUUCAUAAUUAAAAUAAAGUGUCCCCAGGCUGCUUUUCUUGGAUUAAUACUGUAUGUAAGUGGCUGAACCAGGAUAGGUUUGGAUCCAACCUACGCCAGCACAGCCAGGCACAGAUUUGGUCCCACCAUCCUCAGGUGCAGGAAAGGCCCUGUACCCUGCUUGGCCUCAUUGCAGGCCCUCAGAUUGACUCAUCGUGUACUUGUCGGUGUGUUUGGUUGUACAGCCAGGCUUACCCAGGUAGACUGUAAAGUGAGAUGAAGUAUUUCAGUAAGAUUUGAAGAGGCCUAAGAUACUUCAGUGAGACAAUCAAUAUGGCAUACACUGAGCUCAGCAAUCUUACAGAACAACGUUUAGGCUUGUUCAUAACAGCUGGGGGGAGAAAAAAAUAAUGUACUGAAGCAAACCAGUGAGUAUAUAGUUUGUACCUGUGAACUUAACAUUACUUCUUGUGUUCUCGAGUGAACCACUGCAGCUUUCCCAUGCUUUCAUUCAUUAGAUGGCACACCAGAAGGGUCUGACUGUUGCAUAAGCUGCAGCUAAAGCAAGUGCUGAAAACCUGACACUUGGAAAUGAAUGGGAGACGGCCUUGAUAGACCUUAGGACUCUAUACUGCUGUAGAGGGCUUGGGGGAAAACUGCAGGGGAGCUGGGAAACAUGAGUUUUCAAUGCAUAAGAAGUGGCAUUAUUGACAGCAGAGUAGAAUAAGAAAUACAUUAACAUUUGCGGUUUUCCUAUGUCUUAGGACAAUUAAUCCCUGUUCGCUAAGCUGUGGUAGGAGUUCUCAGCUGUGUUUCGUGGAACAGACACAGUGAACUUGUGUGUCUGUGUGUGGCUUCUUAUGUAACGUGGCUGUUAAUGGAGAUUAAAAUGGAGAUGUCCCAAGUAUCUGAAAUCCAGUUCUGUGUAGAUGGCACUAGGAACACGUGGGUUUUUAUGUUCUUCUAAACUGUACGUUUAAUUUUUAAAAGUGCAUUUUACAUGAGUUUAUGAAGGGGGUGCUUUUAAAAUUUGCUUUUCUGCUAUGAAAUAAAAGUAGGACCUGGUUUUGCAGGUACUCACUGAAUUUCUAAAUUAGGCAGAAGAGAUGGUAAGUUGCCAUUAGUUAGAAUGGGAGCUGGAGUCCUGUUGUGUUUGCUGGGCAGUUUCAUACAUGGAAUUCCACUGUAUAGGCAAUUUCGUAACAUAGCAACUCUUGUGUUGCUGUUUGGCGUUCUUCUUUGCUUUCUUACUGAAAACAAAGUGCUCAAUAUGACAAAUAUUCAGCACAAAAUACCAGUCAGAACUGAAAGCCACCAGCUCUGCCACGUUACCUUGCUUUGGACAUACAGAUCUUUUAACACUGAUCUGUCCUCUAGCAUUUAGGUGCCAUUUCUGAAAUGAUGUAAGUAGAGAAACUAUAGCUGCUGGUAUGAAAACCUAACUGAAAAUCUGAUUUAUUUAUAACACAAUUGAGAGAAAUGUAUGCAAUAUGAGUUUUAUCUGUACCUGUUGGAAAUUAUGCUGAUAAGGCUUAAUCCUCUCCCAAGUUAUGCAAGCCUUAUUUAUGGGAAUGGCUGCAUUGCUUCGGGGCGGCUGCUAGAGCUGCCAGGGCUGUGUGUGCAGCACAAGUGUCCGUGCUGAGCACCCUGAGCACUACUUUGUGUGGCUGUAUUUAUGUGGUAUCAUAUGCAAAGCUGAGGAAGCCUCUGUAAAACCACUUUUAAAAAAUAUAUAGAUACAUAUAAAUAUUAAAAACUAAAUAAAAAAAAAGUGCGUAACAUUUCUAUUUGCAACAUGUUGUAAUUUUUAAUUGUGUAUGCCAUGAAGAGUGUUCUAUUUACUCAUUGCUUUGGGGAACAACUGUUUUAAAAAUGAAGGCAUUAACUGACAGUAUUUCAUAUCCAUUGUUUUAACAUGUUAAAAUGGUUAUUAAUUAGUCCUGCAGUAUGUAGUUCUAGCUUAAAGCUGCAAUGGACAGCACAUCAGCUUGAGACCUCCAAAAACAUUUCCUUGUGCUUUCUGUAAUAAAAGCAAAGACUUGAUGUUUAGAAAUGGUCUCUCUGUACAGGUUGCUUUUACAAUUGUGUGAAUAUGUAUAAUGAACUCUGCGUUUGUAACCAAGAAUAAGCAAAUUGUAAAUGUUUCGGUUGUUAUUAUAAAUAGCUGCAAAGUAUCUUAACCAGACAAGAGUUCAAAUAAAGAUUAAUGGCCAUUAUUCA